AUGCCAAAUCCACUUUUGCUGCCGGAAAUUGUCGCAUCUGUCAUCGACAAUGUCCACCUGGUCCCAGAUAUUUUGAACUGUGCCUGUGUGAACCGCACGUGGAGUGUUGCAGCUUUGAAGAAGCUUUACAAGGGCUCUCUGAAUGACAUGCAGUUCCGUACACCUGAUAUUGGAUCACUUAAUUGCCUUUUCGUAGCAUCACGGGAGCGCUUCGCUCGAAAUAUGAGCUUUGUGAAGCAUCUUCUCCUCUCCACAGAUGCAAUCGCACUGGAUCAACUGGGACGAGCGAGAAUUGCAUGCUACGAGAAGUGUCGCGCGUUGCGCCAUCGCAAAUAUGCAAAGCUCCUUUUGCAGCUGCAAGGAAGUCUUACCAGCCUCGUCAUCCCCUCUGAGAUCAAGGGUCAAGAUUGGUCUAUCAUUUCCGACCUCCUUCUCACUCAAACCAUUGACUUCUUAGCUAUUGAUAUUUACUACUGUGGACUGAUGAUGGACAGCCCCGGCUAUCUCCAAGAACCGAUCACCCCUGCUGAUAAGUUCUUAAACCUCAAAGCUCUCACAGUUUACAAACAAGGUGGCGGGAUUUAUGAGCUUUGCCGGUUGCUUCAAUGUUGCGAUUUACGGUUCUUCCACCUUGAGGAAAGGGCUCAUAGCCGUGUUGGACGCAUGAACCGAUCCGACCUUGCAAUAGUCCUGGAGUGCCUUCGACGACACCAAAAUCUCGAGGCGUUGGCGCUGUUUAUUCCCCAUUGUUCCCCACCCUUGGAAUCAACAAGAGAAGAGGAGCAGGGAAACCUAUGGCCGAGGUUGAAGGCAUUGUACCUUGCAAAGCCGCCCCAAGAAGGGCUAGAGCUAUUACCCAAGUUCAACGAUCUUCAAAUCCUCAGCCUGCAAUACCUGGGAUCCGGGUUCCCAACUAUCAACCAGACUGUACUUGAAAACAUUGCAAAAUGCAGAAACUUACGGGUCGUCGACCUUGAUCCCCGUGAUGUUGACAAUGUAGAAGCACUCCUUGAUAUCGCGCGUGGCUGCCCACUGUUGCAAAAGUUUCGCGUGAAGGACGAACGCUUGAGCGGGGAACACUGUUUGGGAGAAGUCCUGUUUUUCGAUCUGCUGCGUGCCCUGCCUCAACUGGAGUUCCUUGCUCUUGAUGCGAAAUUCGAGAUGGAUGGUGCAAGGCUUCGAGACCUUGCCCAGCACUGCCCGCGACUGGUCGUGCUUGACCUGGGUUACACUGAAUUGCACCUCUCUCUCACGACAAUGAUCAAUGUGGAUCCACUCUGGCAGUUAGAGAGCAUGACGUUUGCAAAAAUAUACUUCAAGGAUCCACCACGCUUGCAAACUGACGCUAUCCAGAGCAUUGCAACAGAAUGGCGCAGGAUAUUCCCAAGGCUGCGAGGUGUGCGAUGUCUUACGGACCCUCCGUAUGGGAUGGAAGAUGAUUGGAGCGAGGAAUCAGAGACAGAUAAUGGUAGUGCGAGUUCCGAUGACGACACGUCAAUCAGUGACUUCCAGGCCAACUUUCAGUAUCCUUUACGAAGAAAACUCUGGAGGGUCAUUGGUUAUGAAAAAGACCCGGAUAUUCACCAGAAGAUUGUAAAUAUGUGGGAGACCAAUCUCGAGAUCAAGACGAUUGGCUGGCCCGUGGUGCCUUUAGCAGCCUUUUACGAUCCAGACCCAUACUCCACGACUGCUAAAUGCGGCCAGUAA